UACUAUCACAAUAUCUCUCAGGCGCCUGCAGUCAGUGUGUGUUUUAGCUAGAAAAAGGCUUUAAACGCGGAUUAACGCACUAGCUAGUCGGAUAGAUUAAUUAGUUAGUGUUUAUAAAACGAGAUCGCACCUUUAUUUGAACAGCUUUGUUAUAUAACAGAAAGAAAAUGAUAGAAGAAAUACAGGCCAGGUUAGAUGAGAAAGAGUCAUUCAGAUAUCAUAUACAUUCUCUGUUAGUGACAGAUAAAGCAGGGUUUGAUAAAGUCUAAAGACUAAGAUAAAGGAGCAAAUCGAUAUUUUUAUGAUUUUAGUUGCUAGAUUAAAAGCUUUAUUUUCUCAGGAUUAGCCAUUAGAGCUGCACGGACGAGAUUUGUUUGACUGCGAUUUAUUUAGCAUUUAAAUUGAUCAACUAAAUAAUCCAGAAGAUGUGUUCUCAGCUCCUUAUGUUUAAUAUAUAUAUAUUUUUUUUUAAAUCUGGUGAUAUUUUUAAAGCAGGUUUGUGAGAUCUGUUUGUGUGGGUUAGUUAGCAUCAGCCUUAGCAUCCACAUACUAGACGUGUAAAAGAGAUUUAGCAGAUAAAAGAGUAAAAUAGUAAUUGAAAUCUUAACAUUAUUAUCAGGCAUUUAUUUACUGUUUUGAAGUACAGAGGGUCUGUGACAGUGCCGUUAAAUCAUAUUAAAUCUGUUCUGCUGAUCACAUCUGAAGACAUUAGCCGGCGAGCUAACACGAAGGACAUCAGGAGGAUUUUACACCAAAACAUUGACUUAUUUAUUUACUCAUUUAUUAAUAACGAAAUAUAUCAAAUCGUCGUGAAAGAAGGAAGAAGAAGGCUUUCCUUGAGGAGGAAUUGACAUCAGGAGGCAGCAUUAAGGAUCGUCCCCAGCGCUCCCGGCGCUCUUGAUCAUCCCAGCGCUCAGCGUGCUGGCUCCUCCCCCUCCCGGCGGCAGCGUGCGCUCUCAGCCGCCCCCGUGCACCCCGCGCUCGCCAGGCCUGCGCGCCCGAGCCCAUGCCCCCAGCUCCGCGCGGCCCUCCAACGCCAUGUGUGUCCCGCACACUAUGGAGGCGGGCAAGCACAGCGCCAGCCAGGGGCAGGGCAGCCGCGCCGGGGUCCCCCUGGAGCCGUUCAUUCACCAGGUGGGCGGCCACACCAGCAUGAUGCGUUACGACGACCACACUGUCUGCAAGCCGCUCAUCAGCCGCGAGCAGCGCUUUUACGAGUCCCUGCCGCCAGAGAUGAAGGAGUUCACCCCCGAGUACAAAGGUAUGGUGCUGGUGUGUUUUGAGGGUGACUCUGAUGGCUACAUCAAUCUGGUGGCAUAUCCAUAUGAAGAGAGCGAGGGGCUGGACCAUGAAGAGCUGUCCGAAAGAGAUCAGCCUCGCCGAAAACACUCUCGCCGUAGCCUCCACCGCUCCAGCAGCGAGCACAAAGAGGACAGACCUGCUCACGACGGCGACAGCAACGACAAUCUGCAGGAGUUGAAGAGUCCUCGUCUGAACCUACAGAUGCAUUCAGAUGUGCCCUUCCAGAUGCUGGACAGCAACAGCGGCCUGAGCUCAGAGAAGAUCAGCCACAACCCCUGGAGUCUGCGCUGCCACAAACAACAGCUCAGUCGCAUGCGCUCUGACUCCAAAGACAGAAAACUCUACAAAUUCCUGCUGCUGGAGAACGUAGUCCAUCAUUUCGUCUACCCCUGCAUCCUGGACUUGAAGAUGGGCACCCGGCAGCACGGUGAUGACGCGUCAGAGGAGAAAGCCGCCCGCCAGAUGAAGAAGUGCGAGCAGAGCACAUCUGCCACAUUAGGAGUGCGUGUGUGCGGCAUGCAGGUCUACCAGAUGGACACCGGUCACUAUCUAUGCAGGAACAAGUACUACGGCCGCAGUCUUUCUAUCGAGGGAUUUCGACACGCACUCUUUCAGUUCAUGCACAACGGGACGCAGCUGCGCAAAGACCUUUUCGAGCCCAUCCUGAGCAAACUUUGCAGCCUGAAGGCUGUGCUGGAGCGCCAGGCCUCGUACCGCUUCUACUCCAGUUCGCUGCUCAUCAUAUACGAGGGCAAGGACCCCGAGUCUGUGGACGCUGGCUGGCAGAGGGCCUCGGAGCCGGAGAGGCUGGGCUGUGUGGAGAGCCCGCCGGCCUCGGAGCCCCACACGCCUCCGCAGACGCUGAGCGUGGAUGUGCGCAUGAUCGACUUCGCCCACAGCACCUUCAAAGGCUUCCGCGAUGACCAAACCGUCCACGACGGGCCUGACCGCGGAUACGUGUUCGGACUGGAGAGCCUCGUCGACAUUUUGCAGGAAAUCCGUGACGAGAACCAGUAGCUCCAGCCAGCAGCUUUUCAUAGAGAAACAAAGAUGUUUGUCAAGAUUGCACAUUGACACAAACCUGAAGGUGUGUUUGAACCGUGAGGGAUUGGUGUACACAAGAAAUGGAGGUGACCUCUACCCAUAAAGGGUCUUGUCUCUGCUGUCAGGAAAGAAAUGGCUCAACAGAAGACGGUUUCAGUUUGUUUGGCACAUGGAUUCAUCGCCACCAUGUGGCCCACUGAAGCACUGCAGGAAUGAACCAUGAACUCAGGCCGUCAGCUGUCAUGGUCUCUCUUAGAGUGUGGCAUUGCUAAAGAGAGAGAAAGUGUGUGUGUGUGUGUGUGUGUGUGUGUGAGUGUGUG